GACGAUUUACCCAGAGUACAUUGCGAAGAAGAUAGAGGAACAUGGCGCAGAUUGAGAGUCGACGUUGAGACACCAGGAGAAACGAUAUUCAGUGGAAAUUUUUGGAAAACGUUGAAACCCUAAAAUGCGAGUGUGAAAUGGUCUCACUCCCGAAGUCUUGGAUAAUUGCCGCUGCUCCAUUGAUGAGUAAAAGGAGACCGGACGACCUGGAAAAUUCCUGCAAUUGCAUCCAUAAACAUUUCUUUAGGACUCACAACCCCUGAGUUUUAAUUGUGUUGCUGAUAAAACUCACAGAUUUUGUUUUCUAAACACGUGGGAGGAUGUCAGAAACACAUAUACGGGAAGACGAAUUUCCGCAUGGAGUUCAUCGACUUCGGGAAGAACAAAAAAAGGUGGUCUCCGGGUGCGAGGAGCAGAUACAACACUGGACGAAGGUAGAAGCCGACUACAGCUCCCUGCAGGAAAGACUCCGCACGCUUCCCGAUAAGCUGUCCUAUGACAUCAUGGUACCCUUUGGACCUCUUGCCUUCAUGCCAGGGAAGCUGGUCCACACCAACGAGGUGACGGUUCUGCUGGGAGAUAACUGGUUCGCAAAGUGCUCAGCCAAGCAGGCGGUGGGCCUGGCGGAGCACAGGAAGAGCCACGUAAGGAAGACCCUCGAUGACCUGGGAAAAGUGGCGGAGAACUUCGAAGCCCGUGUUGGAUUCACGGAAGAUCUUCGAAAGUACAGUGGUGGUGGUAAAGGGAACUAUGUGGACAUCAGGGAAGAGGUGAGAGAUGGAGAAGAGACCCUUACCAAAGGUAAGAGGCGGCUGGCCCAUAAACCCAACUCUAUGCCCCGGGUGGAGUCUGUGCUGGAGCUCCCGGAGGAGGAGGAGGAGGAGGAGGAGGAGGAGGCGGGAGGAGGUGCAGGGGGCCGGCGGGGGGUUCUGUCUGAGGAGGAGCUGUGGGCCAGACUGGACCAGCUCCAGGCACAGGAGGAUCAGCUGGAUGAUGAGGACAGAGCGUCUGACGGCGCCGAGGUGAACGGUGAAGACGCGACGUCUUCAUCUUCCUCGGAGGAAGAGAAGGACGGCGAAGCCGGCCGUCUGACCAACGGUCUCCACAGCGACGAGGGCUGGCCUUCAGAGUCCCGGCCCUCAGAGUCCCGGGCCGAGCUGCAGCCUCUCCCCCCGCAGGGCCACGGAGCGGGCCUGCCCAACCUGCUCCAGGAGGAGGAAGAGGAGGAGGAAGAGGAUGGGGAGGGCGGCGUGCCGACCAUCUACUUCUCUCACACCAUGGAGCCCAAGAAGGUCAGGAUUAACACAGGGAGGAACACCAUGCUGAAGUUUAGCGAGAGGAAGGAGGAGGCCAAACGCAAGAAGAAGAAUGGCAGUCACCACGGCAACGGCCACGGCCAUUCCCACCACGAGCUCCACAAGAUCAAAUCACCCGCUGACUUUUACAGGGUGUUUGUGGACGUGGUGAACGGAGAGCUGGUCCCGCGGAAGUCCAUCCUGAAGUCGCGCAGCCGGGAGAACAGCGUGUGCAGCGACACCAGCGAGAGCAGCGCGGCCGACUUUGAGGAGCGGCGGGGCCUCGGCCGCAGCCUGAGCCACGACGAGGGCACGCACAGCGACACCAGCGAGGGCAUCCUAGAGGAGGAGAGCCCCACCGGGCCCCGGGCCCCGCACUUACCCUCUCACUACGAGGCUUUUUCAGGGACGGUUGUGGAGAAGGACCCCGGGAUGCCCACAUCCAUUCCCCACCUGACCAUCUGCGCGCCCGCCCUGCCCACAAUCCCAGAGAGGAAGUGUGAGGACCCGGCCCCCGACGGGCCCCAAGGGCCCCCCAAGAGGGUCUCCAAGUUCAAGGCCUCCAGGGCAAAAGCAACAAUGUGACCCCCCCAUCCCUGGGUUCAGACCCUUUUUAGCUUUAUUUUGUACUGACACACUUUACACUAAGCAGGUGCCAUCCCUCUUCUCUCUAGCUCCUCUUGUUUUUGUCUCUCAAACCCUUCUCUCUUUAAGUUGCAGCGAGCUUUGUAUUCUCUGUUCCUUUGUUGCUAGUUGCUGUUGUUUUCGUGGAUCUUCCCCAUUGUUGGGUACAAGGAGUCGUGAUAUUGGCGUAGGUGUACCUGCCUGUCGUAACAUAGGGGUAAUAAAAAAUAAAAAAAACUUUUCAGCGAUCCCAUUGUGUGGGUGCACUUACUGUAGUAGCUUUUGGUGUGCCCGUCUACCAACGUACAGAUGGCCAGUCUACCUUAGGAAUCCCUUCUGUUUCAGCAGCAUUACCAGCAGAUCUCGAGCCAGCCUCCACGGUGUCUGAAUCAGAAUGUGAUCAUUUUGCUCUUAACUUGACCGCACUUACAUAGCAUAGGGCCUGAAGGACAGACUGGCCACUCGAUGGUCCUUACACCGGAGAAGAAAAGCUACGAUCUAAACACAGCGACUGCCUUCGCAUUGCUUCAGGUUCCCGUUGGAAAGUCAGGCUCGGUGACUGUAAGUCUGACAAACUGCAGUCUUUAGAAGGAAAAAAUCUUACGCUGCCACUUUUUUUGUUGCCUUUUUCUUUGAUGUUCAUCUGCUUCAGUGAUGUGCCUAUUUCAAGCAAAGAUAUUGUACUUAAAAAAGUGCUGUGAACUUGAAAUUGGAAGAAAUAAACAUUUUUUGUGAUGA